AUACUCUUCUCGCGGUUGAGCCUCCAGAUCACUGCUCCCUAGAUAAACCCUAAGUCUACAUCUAUCUCCUUAGACCGUCUGAUUAGCGCUACGUCACAGAAAGGGGAAGUAAUCCCAGUCUGGGCCCAGGAAUAGAGCUCUGGGCGGGGCCAGGCCACUGGAGAGAUGCUCCCGAGCCACGCUGCAUGUGUCCCCGGGUAAUCCCUUCUUAAGUAGCCCAUGGGCAGGGAGAGAUGGGAGGGAGCUGGGCCAGGGGACGUUAUACCGUGGGAGAAACGCCCGUUAGUGUCCUGUCAUCCCUCGGACACACCGCGUCAGCUGGAGCAGGAGAGGGAUUCAGAGACUUGUCGGGCCGUAGGAGGACAGUUCUUUGACCAGGAUGAACUUUGCCGCCCAGUUUUUCUACUCGAGGUACCUGGGCGAGCGACUUGAGCGAUUGUUCUCACCCAGACCUGCACUUAAAGACAGCGAGGAGAAUGACCCCUUCUGGCAGAGGGAGGAGUUGCGUCUGGGCCCCAGUCAACCUGGUGACUCUCACAAAUGUGGCCGCGUCAGCAACGGCACCGUGGGCCGCAGAUCCACCCUCAUCGAACCCGAGCGGCUGAAGGACUUUGGUGAGGAGGAGCUUCUCAACGGGGACGUGAAGGUCUGUGACACCAAGGUGACGGGGAGUCCCGAGAUCAUGCUCAUGGAGCCGCCCAAAACGAGGAGAGUCAGCGAGUUCCGGAUCGUCCACAGACCUCCCAUCCAGUACCUCCGCUUUGAGGACAUCAGUGCAGCGGCCUUCAGGAUCCAGACGGGGAUACAGAGGACACCCUGCACGUACUCCAGACUGUCCAAACAGUACGGGAUGGAGAUCUACCUGAAGAAGGAGCACCUGCACUACACAGGCUCUGUGAAGGAGAGAGGAGUGCUGUACCUGCUCACCUCCCUCACCCAGGAGCAGCAGAGGAAGGGCGUGAUCGUGGCCACGGACUGUAACUUCUCCAUGGCCGUGGCUCACCACGCCGUGGAGCUGAAGAUCCCGGUGUUCGUCAUCAUGCCGUCGUGCUGCUCCUCGCCUCGCCUCAGGAACUACAGGGACUACGGCGCCAUGGUCAUCUCCUACGGCAGCACCGGCCACGACUCCCAGAAACACGCCCGCCACCUGGCCAAAGAGAACGGAUACCUCUAUAUGGAAGAAGAUGAAAGUGCAGCGUACCUGGCAGGACUGGGCACCGUGGGCAUGGAAAUCUACGAACAAGUGCCCAAAGUGGACGCAGUGGUUGUGCCUGCGGCGGGACAGUAUGGUCUCCUGGCCGGCACCGCCGCCGCCAUCAAACACCUCAACCCACAAAUUCUCGUCAUAGGAAUCGAACCGGAAGGUUUCCCUCUGCUGCUACAAUCUCUGAAAACGGACGGCCCGGUCAAAGACAUGCACAGCAACCCCAACAAGAAACUCUACGGAGAUCUGGUGGAGCGUUCGCUUGGCGUCAACACCUUCCACCUGGCGAAGACACUGGUAAAUAAAGUCAUCACUGUCAGCGAGGAGGACUCUCUGGUGGCGAUGCUGCGUUUCCAGGAGUUUGAACGCUCCACUGUGGACACAGAGGGAGCCAUGGGACUGGCUGCCAUCCUGGCCGGACAACUGCCAGAACUGAAGGGCAAAAAGGUCGCUGUAGUGGUGAGCAGCGCGAACAUGGAGCUGGAGCUGGUGAGGCAGUGUGUCGACCGAGCCCUGGUGCUGGACGACCGGGUCAGUAAGUUCUCCGUGGAGCUGGGAGAAUGGACGGGAGACAUGGCCAAGCUCCUGGACGUCCUGUCCAGAGAGGACGUCAGGUUGUUGGACGUCUGCCAUCGGAGACACAGUGAAAAGUCAGACCUCUUCAAAGCGAAGGUGGAGUGUGUUGUGGAGACCAGGGAUAAGACACAGAGCGCUCAGCUGCGCAAGAUGCUGAGUGAGCGCUACCCGUCUCUGUGCUGGCUGGACCGGUGAUGACGUCAAACUCUAUUGAUGAUGGAAAAAAAAGGACAGGACACUCCCGUAACAUUCACUACUACCAUAUAAUGAACUGUAUAAAAUAAAACUGCUGUUCAGCAAAACAUACAAAAAGCCUUGAGAUUACAGAGCGAAUAUUAUCCACGUUGCUUUUACUGUUAAUGCUGCUGCUGCUCUUUAAUCAGGGCAGACCUGUGAUUAGUAUAAAGUCAGAAUAUAGUAUAUAUCUAUAUAGUCCACCGUUCAUAACACGAGCAUGAAUCAUGCACUUAGGCUGGUCUCGUUCCACAACAGCAGCACACACACACACACACACACACACACACACACACACACACACACACACAAACAAACACAUUGUUUUUAAACUGUUGUAUAUAUUUCUGUAUUUAUACUGUGUUGAAGUGGUAGAGUCAAUCCAUUAAGUAAACAUGUUAUUAA